AGGGUUUUGCACUAGAUUAUAAAAAAGACGACGGAAUCAAUUUUCAAUUCCCUACUCAUUUGUGUUAUUAGGGUUUGUGAAAGCGUUUCAGAAGUUUCGGCAAGGGAGAAAUGGGAGUCUUCACUUUCGUUUGCAAAAGCUCCGGCGCCGAAUGGAACGCAAAGCAGCUUUCCGGUGACCUUGAAGCCUCGGCUGGAUCAACCUAUGAGUUGCAGAGAAAACUUGUUCAAGCUGCUCUCUCGAGCGACUCUUCUGGCGGAGUUCAGUCUUCCUUCUCCUUGAUCACUCCAUCCUCCGCUGUCUUUCAGGUGAUUAUUGGUGGUGGAGGUGGUGGUGCUUUCUUUGGAGGUGGAGCUGCUCCAGCAGCAAGUUCUGGAGGCGGUGCUGCAGCUGCUGAAGCACCUCCAGCCGAGGAGAAGGAAGAGAAGGAAGAGAGUGAUGACGACAUGGGAUUCUCGCUCUUCGAUUAGUCUGUCUUUCAAUACAAUGCCCUAAAUUGUUAGCAAGUUGUUUUACCUGAUUUUAGUGUCUAGAUAUCCGCAUGAAUUUACUCGAGAAUUUGGAUAAUAUAUUGGUAUUGCAGUUUUGAGGUAUGAAUUUAUCCUGAUGAAUAUUAUACCUUUUGGAUA